AUGCUUGAAUUACAAAUAAUGAAGUUAGACACAGAAGAAUUGAAUGCACCACCGGGAAUACUCGAUGCGAGUGGAUCGCGAUGCGUGGAUGCGCUUACGAUCUACGACGGCUACAAGUCAUUCUCACCAGUUUUGGCUAGUGACCUCUGUGAGGAUACGGUUGGAGCGAAACUGCCACUGACGUACCAUACAUCACACAAGGUUGCCCAUGUCUACUUUGAGAGUGAUAUGAGUGGAUCAGGAACUGGCUUUGAAUUAAGAUAUCGAGCCAUAGAACCCGACUGCGGAGAUUGGCUCAUAGCAACGAACGAGCCACAAAUUCAUAGUUACGAAAGCAAAGGAAGCAAAGAUAAACAUGCUGGUCAAACAAACCAGCGAUGCCAAUGGGUAAUACAAUCGCAGUCACAGGUGCCCAUAUGGUUGCACUUCAGCACAAUACAUUUCCCAUCAACUGAUGGAGAUUGUUCGGACGCAUACAUAGAGAUUCGUGAUGUUGGCUUAAUCUCAAAAUGUCAGCAUCCCGCAUGCGCUCGAGAACCUUCAGAACGGAAGACAUUCCGAAUAUGCGGCAGCACCCCAUUCCCACCAUAUAUAUCGAAUACAAUGGCUGUGCAGGUAACAGAGAGAUUAGAGUUUUCCCUUAUUUUUCCAUAUUUCCCACCUCUUUUCCCUUAUUUUUAA